CUUCAACAGCUUUGAUACUCACCUUCUUGGAUUGGUCGAUGGAAAUGUGUUUGGAAUGCACCUCCUGUCAUCUGAUUGGUUUACAUGCACGCAAAAAAAAUAAAUCGUGGCCCCGCCCACUCAAUGUCUCCCCGUAUAGAGGAAGUAACUAACUAGCACGCUAGGAACAGGAAGAAGAAGAAGAGUGUGUUAGGCGUAUUUCAGUUCCUCCGCCCUGAAUAGUGAUAUCUGCGUUCACCUUCUGAUUUAUAUAUACACAUACAUAUAUGGCCAACAGAAUUCUUAAUUUUAUCUUUAUCAUUAGUGUUCCCUCUAUUUUGUAAACAUUCCGCCGAAAAAGAGAAGACGGUUUAACCCUUUUACUGGGAAUUUCUCUCGGCUGCUUGUGACUCGUCAGAACUGCACAGGAGCGGUUGUGUGCCGUGAGCAGUUGGACUUCAACGCUGAGCCCCCUUGGGAUCCUAGCUGAUAACAGGAGGGGUCUGGCUUUCGACCUCACUCUUGGAUAUCGCUAGGACCCAGGAGCUGUGAGGGCUUUGCUAAAUAGGUGACCCACUUUAUGACUGUGUUAACCCGGACUUUUGGAUGAGGAUGAAAGCGACGCUGAAUGAAUUGCUCUGUUCUGUCGAGCUGCUUGAAGGAGACACCGCUCUCCAUGACGUCAUCAACAAACACAUCUCUGACCAAACGCAAGCACAAAAGAGUGCGUUCUUCGUGGCGGAUCUGGGUGCCAUCAUUUGGCAGCAGAUCCGAUGGAAAACUCACAUGGACCAUGUUCGACCUUUCUACGACAUGAAGUGUAACAGCAGUGCUGUGGUGGUUGAGAUCCUGGCUGCACUGGGAACCGGCUUCGUUUGCUCCAGCAAGAACGAGUUGGAGUUGGCGAAGAGCUUCGGCGUCCCUGCUCAAGACGUCAUCCUGGGUGGAGCCUGCAAGCAACUCUCCCUCAUUAAAUAUGCUGCUAAACAUGGCGUCCGGCUGCUGGUGUGUGACAAUGAAGCUGAGAUGAGGAAGAUCUCUCGAUGCCACCCAAAUGCAAGGCUGCUGAUUCAGGUGUACACAGCAGGCUGCUGCGAGCACGAGGAAACGGCCAUGCCGUUCGGCUGCACGCUGAAGGACUGUAGGCACCUGCUGGAGUGCGCAAAGGAGCUCGGCCUGAACGUAACCGGAGUCAAGUUCCAUGUCCCCAGCUGCUGCGCUGAGCCCGAGGCCUUCACUCAUGCUGUGUCAGAUGCACGCUGUGUGUUCGACAUGGGGGCUGAACUUGGAUUUGCCAUGAGUAUUCUAGACGUUGGUGGAGGUUUCGAUGGAAUCGAGGCUCAGUUAGAAAAGGUGAACAGGGCGUUGAAACCCAUGCUGGAUGUGUACUUCCCUCAGUCAACGGGUGUGUCUGUCAUCGCUGAACCUGGAGCCUAUUAUGUGUCUGCUGCUUUCUCACUGGCUGUGAGCAUCAUCUCAAAGAAAAUGGCAGCUCAGGACGCCAAGCAUCAUGCACACGAUGCUCUGUCUGGAAACGAUGAGCCGGAGUUCACCUAUUGUCUGAACGAUGGAGUGUUUGGCUCUUUUUCCUAUAAACUGUUGGAGGAGUCUGUUCCUGUUCCAUCUCUACUUAAGGAGAUCUCUGCUGAGGAGCCGUUCUUCGCCAGCAAUCUGUGGGGGAGCACGAACGAUGGUCUGGACCAGGUGCUGGAGUCCUGUCUUCUCCCAGAGCUCAGUGUUGGCGACUGGCUGGUGUUUAACCACACCGGGGCCAACAGUCUCAGAGCGACGGGAGAACCCACGCCGCCCGUUCACUACAUCAUCUCUGCGCAAGACUGGUACGAGAUUCAAAACUACGGCGUCACACUGGACACAGCCCUGAAGAACUUCUCUCUGGUCCCGUGUUUUCAGAAGCCCAGUCUAAGCGAGAGCGCCAUCUCCACUCCGGCUUAGCAAAGCUGCUCUUCGGCUACUGCAGCCUCGCGGGUUAAUUAAUUUUUUUUAUAUAUAUAUAUAUAAAUAAAGGAGCCAUCUGGACUCUUCUGGGACCAGAAUACAACGAAUGAGGUUUCAGAAGGGUUAUCGGUGCAAGAAGAAAUGCAUUUACGGUCAUGUCACGAUAGAGUUUAUUCAUUUGCGGGGUUGAUGGUUAGUGCUGUUUACAAACCUGCUAGAGUAUUUAAUUCAGUUUUAUAAAUAUAUACCAACACGCAUAUAUGUAAUAAUA